UAAAUGUGCUGACUUGCAGAUGUGGUCCUGCUCGUGAGUCACUGCGAGUGAAGCAGCCGGUCGUUAUUCCCCUGUUGCAGUUUGCUGUUUUUUCGGAUGUGCGUGGUGUGUUCAGGGCCGGCUGCAUAUCUCUGUGAAGCCCAGCCUUCUGAGUGGAGUUAUCUGCCGGGAUCACAGCCUGCGCACCGCCAGCGAGAGCUUCAUCCACUUUGAAUGAGGAAAUCAUCGAGUCUGCCCGCAUGAGAGCUGUCAGAUUGGGUCGAGGAGAGGAACAACAACAACAACACACACACAAAACCGCUUCCUGAAAUGAUCCUCGCCGCUGCCGGUGUAUUGUUUUGGGGUUUCUUCUCUCUCGUGACAUCGCGUUUCAUUCCUCGUCCGGAUCUUUUUCGCAGUCGCUGCCGAUGAUGAUCAGCAAAGUGAAAAACGCGAUGUCCACUCUGGUGGGAGGGAUGAUGCCGCACGGACACCAUCACCAGAACCACCAGCACCACCACGGCCACAGCCACCACUCAGGCGGCGGUAGCAGCCAGACCUGCGGACCCGACAGCCUGCCGCCGCGCUUCCCCUACGGCCGGCCGGAUUUCUUGGACCUCACCCCGGAGCUCCUGCAGUACUCCACCGAGCACGCGUCACGGCCGGUGCUCACGUUAAAGAGAGACAGCCGGCUCUCCUGGCGGACGGGAUACGCAGAGGUGAUCAAUGCGGGGAAGAGCAUGCUGAACGAGGACCAGGCCUCUUGCGAGAAGGUGUUCGUGAAGAAGCCGAGUGGCAAACAUCGGAACGCGUCGAUACUGGAGGACAACGGGGACGGUACAGGAAUCCCUCUCCACUUUUGGGGCGUGUUUGAUGGACAUGCCGGUUCCGGAGCCGCCAUCAUGGCCUCCAAGCUCCUCCACCGCCUCAUCCGAGACCGUUUGGGAGAGAUCUGUCACCUGCUGGAGAACCCCUCCAGUGCGCCACCGAUCUGCCUCGCCAAGAACGGCACUGCGUACCAAGCGGACGGGAAGAAGGGGGCCGCACAGGGCCCAGAGGGCCCCGAUGCUGUGCCCGACUCCUCGGUGCGCUUCCACAUGGAGAAGGCCGUCAGUUUGGAGAACCUCGUGACGGGCGUCAUAGAGACCGCCUUCACACAGAUGGAUGACCUCAUUGAAAAGGAGAAAACAUCCUAUGCCAUCUCUGGUGGAUGUUGUGCCUUAGCUGCCAUUCAUUUAAUGGGGAAACUCUAUCUUGCCAAUGCUGGGGAUAGCAGGGCCAUAAUCAUACGAAAUAAUGAAGUUAUUCCGAUGACGAAUGAAUUCACACCGGAGUCCGAGAGACAGCGGCUACAGUAUCUGGGCUUCCUGAGGCCAGAGCUCCUGGGUAAUGAGUUCACUCACAUUGAGUUCCCUCGUAGGAUCCAGCACAGCGAGCUGGGAAAAAAGAUGCUCUACAGAGACCACACCAUGACGGGCUGGGCUUAUAAAAUGAUUGUUGAAGAUGAUCUGAAAUUCCCCCUGAUAUAUGGAGAGGGUAAAAAGGCCCGCGUCAUGGCGACAAUCGGAGUGACCCGUGGGCUGGGAGAUCACGAGCUGAAGGUGUACAACUCCAACAUCUACAUCAAGCCCUUCCUGUCAUGCGUCCCCGAGGUGAAGGUUUACGACGUGGAUGACAACAAACACGGCCCAGACGACGUCUUGGUCAUGGGCACAGAUGGAUUGUGGGACGUAACAACGGACAUGGAAGUGGCGGACGCUGUGUCAGCCUACUUGUCUGACUGUGACCCCUCUGAUCCCAUGAGGUACACCCUGGCCGCCCAGGACCUGCUGAUGAGGUCACGAGGCGUGCUGAAAGAGCGCGGCUGGCGGCUACCCAACGAAAGACUGGGCUCAGGCGAUGACAUCACUGUGUUUGUGAUCCCACUGGCGAGGCAGGAGCCAGAGACAUGACAAGGUGUCGCAGCGACCGCUGUGACAGGGAUGCCGCCUUCAGGGUCCCUUCCCACGGUCCCUCCGAGCUCCCUGAACCCUCGAUCGACCGGCGAGAGAGAAAAAAAGCACCUUUGUCAUCGGAGAGACUCGGGCCUGAGGAGCAUCUUCACCAACCAGGACUGCACCCAGUCCAAGCCGCUUCUCUUUAGCCAAACCCAGGAUAAUUUUUUUUUAGUUGUCAUGUAACAAAAAUAUUUUCGGUGACAUCAUAAGAGAAGUCACACUCUUCCUUCCUGCAGACCUGCUGUUCGUGACGGUCGCCAGUGACAAUUAAACCCUCUUGUAGUAUAAGUUUCCUGUUUAUGUUCAAUCUCUUCAAUCCUGUGAAUGGAUUGUUCAUGUUCAAGUCAUACCAUGAAUGGGACUUCCUUUUGUAAAGAAAGAAAGAGAAAGAAAAGAAGAAGAAGGGGGGGGGGAAAAGGCCUCUCGCAGUUUCACAAUCCAUUUGGGGGAUUACAGUAAAGAACGGGAGGAAACCAAAGAGAUGUCGCUAUGGCACGAAGUUGGAAAUCUUUUUAAAAAUUCAAAAAAGAUAAAAGAUAAACAAACAAAAAAAUACAUUAGAUUCAUGUCUGUACAAUGCCGACGCAUGUAGGAAGUACAAACAGUGGAAUGGACCUUUUUUUAGCACUGGACUCGAACAGAAUCAGUCGAGUCUGUGUCGCCGUACUUCCUGUGUUACUUAAUGAUGAAUGAAUGGCGACACCUUUGCACUUGAAGGCUGCUGCACAUGCUCCGUGUUAGCCUGUUGGUUUGUAAUAUCUUCCUCAUGAAUGUGCUUAUAACGAUUUGCUUUAUUUUUGUCUUUACAUUUUAACAAAAGAAAGGUUACACUUGUGUUCAGUAAAAGAGGAUAUGAAGGAAAAGGAGCAUUUGUUUAAUUUAACAACAUGUUUUUGUGUUGUUUAAAAAAAACUCUAAUAGGAGAAAGUAAUCUGUUUUCAGUAAACGUCUCGGUAUAGUAAGAUGUGAUAAACUUCACACGUAUGGCUUAUUAAUUAAGAGAUUAAGGGUUUUGUAGAAGACCAGUGUAUGCCCUUAAAUGUACCAUAUACCUCUUUUUUUAUCAUCAUUGUUAUGUUAUUUAGAUUAACCAUAUAUUUUUGAAGACAACAUGUUUGUAAGCAGUAUCAGAAGUUUUAUUUUUAUGUUUCUAUCCAUUAACUGUGCAUUUAGAGAGAUGGUGUGUAUAUGAGGUAGAGGGAUAAUGUGUAUCAGCUUGGAAAUAAAUCAGAUUUUUCCCAUUU